AGGGAAAAUAUGAAAAAUCCAAAUAAAGCCUCCAAUGCAUACCCAAAGACAACAAUAUUAAACCCUCCGUUAAGCCCUACUUUCUUCUCUGCAUUGAAGAUGCGCGGUCGCCACCAUGGCCACCAUCCCUUCCGACUCCCUGGUGGCCGUCCUCCAUCUCAGCCGCCAUCUGAACCUCUAAAUCACAAUCUUGCCCUCCAAGACCCCAACGUUCUCCAAUUCCUCCAAGCCCUUACAACCCCAAUCCAACCAAACUUUCCUUUGCAACAAAACCGAAGUAAUUUCUUCUUCCAAAACCCUAACGUCCCUUUCCAACAACAACCACAACAUCAGGUAUUCAAUAGCCCCAGCAGCAGCCAAAGUCAGCCUCAGAAUCAGAUAAGCAUCGCCGCCUCUGGCCAAGUCCCGAAGGAGGUUUGGGAAAGAGCGGACCAGGCCGUGAAGCAGGCGUGGCGUGAGCUUAUUGCAUCUGGGAAGAGUGUUACGACAUGGAAAGUUUCAGAGGCAGCCCUGGUGGCGCUGCAGGCUGAUUCAUGGAGCUCGUUGGGAUUGGAUAUGCACGGGAUUCCAUCUCUGAAAAAGCUAAUGACCAUUGAAGGAAGGGUAAAUGCAUUUAUUCAAUGUUUUGUUGGAGUACGGAGGAUUACAACGUUGUAUGAAUUGGAGAUGGCAAUAUGUGAGAACGAGGGUGUUAGGACAUUUAAAAAGCUGGAGCUUGGCCCUUUGCUCCGUCAUCCUCUUGUCUUGCGUUACUUUUCGCUAAACAUCAAUACCAUGGAAGUGUGUAAAAUAACAAGUGAGGACAUAAUUGCUCACCUCCAUGAAUACAUGGACAGUCAUAAAAGUCAAGAAAUUCUUAUUGAUGAAUUUCUGGAUUUUGUUGCUGACAAGCAAGCUACCACAAGCAAGGAAAAGCUUGGCGUGCGUAUUCGGAGCUUGACGAUGCAUACUAGUUUUAUUAAGAAGGCUGAGAGAGAAAAAGAUUUUGAGGUAAAGAAAUGCCAAAAAGGACUGAAGCUAAAAGAACGUUAUAUUAACAUUUCACAGCAAGUUGAGUCAUUUAUCUCAGUACACAAGGAUUUUUGUGGCAAGCAUAUACGAUUUGAUUUAUCAAGCUCAGAGGAGGAAGAUAGCAAUGACUCUCCUCAUGAAGACGAAAGGAAUGACAAUGAUGAAGGCAAUGACUUCAAGUUUCCAUCACAAGUUAUUAGUAGCUCUGAUCGGGUUGGUAGUUGUCCUUACCCCUCUGCAACAGAAGAGUUGACAAGGCUUGGGUUGAAAGAUGGAAUGAAUAAACCUUCUCCCGCUACUGGUAGCUCAAGGCAUAAUGACUGUUGUGGGCCAUACAAAAGGAAAAGAAAAAAUGAGACUCCUAGUCCUUCCAUCUCUAGACUACCUAAGUUGAGGAGAAGAGAUGGGGUCAAGCAAGAUGUUAUUCCAAAAGAAAGUGGAAAUGAGGCCAAAGAGUUAAAUAAUUUAGAUGAAGCUGAUAUUUCACUCUCUGAUAACUCAAUGAAGACAUUCAUCACAACCUGGAAGGAGGCAUGUAGGGAGCACACCAUGGCAGAGGUUCUGCAAAGAAUGCUUUGCUUUUACAAGUCAAAAGCUCAAAAGAGGAAGAAAAUGAAGUCAAUGCUUUCCUCUUAUCCAUUUAUUGGGUUACUAAAUGUUGCUGUGACAUCUAUCAGAAAAGGAAUGUGGGAUAGCAUCUAUGAUACUAUUCAAGCUGUCAGACAAUUUGAAUUAACUAACACAUCUGAUAAUUAUUCUGAACAUGAGAGCAUUGAAGUUGAACCAAGUGAGAAGGAUGCAUCGAUCCCCACACACGUACAUUGUGUGACAAAGGAAGAUGUUAUCAAGAAAAUUAUUGCUUAUUUUGAGCUUAAUCAUGAAAUUCAUGGUGGUAAAUCACUUAAAGAGCAAAGGUUAAUUUUGCUGAGGAAGCUGUUUAACUGUGAGUCUUGGUUGGCUGGGCAAUUUUAUGUUAAGGACUUCAAGUCCCUUGGUCAUGGGGAGUUCUUAAUGUUUCUAGAAAGACAUGCUUCUUUAUUACCUAUUGAAUUGCAGAAACUCUUGGCUGCUGAAAUAUGCGAAAAGUCUCCUUUGGAGGUUUGCAUUCUCCAGCAUCUGUUGAUUGUUUUCAUAUCUCAAGCUUCAUACAAUUUACAGGACAAUCAAAUUAUUACCAAGGAGGUUAUUAAUGCACUGCUCAUGAAGCAAUUUCCUUUAUUUAAUUUCAAAGUUAAGGAAAAUGGUUCUAUGGAAGAUUUUCUAGAAGUCGUGGAGAAGUCUAAGAAUGAUAUAAGUUCCAAAUGUGUCAUAUUUUCAGCAUCAUUGCUGGGAAUGUGCCAUAAUGGUGAUUCAUCGGUCUAUGAUGAGAACUUUUCAUCAGAAAAUGUUAGUAUGGUUAAAUCAGUUGCUUCAAAGGAUGCAAUGGCUGUUUUGCUUAGGGCCCCAAUGUUGUCAGAUUUAAAUUCAUGGUCACACUGGGAUGUUUUAUUUUCUCCUUCUCUUGGUUCCCUUACAUUGUGGUUGUUGAAUGAAGUUAGUGCAAAAGAGUUGUUGUGCUUGGUGACUAAGGAUGGUAAAGUUAUUCGGAUUGAUCAUUCAGCCACUAUGGAUUCAUUUUUGGAAGCUGCUCUUAAGGGAUCUGCCUUUGAAACAGCUUUGAAGCUGCUGUCUUUGUGUUCUCUAACUGGGGGAAUGAAGCACCUUCCUUUAGCCCUUCUAAAGCGCCAUGCACACAUGGCUUUUGAAGUCCUUUCAAAGAACCAUAUUGAGAACAUUGAAGUAGCUGAUGAUCAGAAUUUUAUCAUGAAUAGAAAAGCAUUAUUUGGGCCAAAAUUGCUGGAAGAUGUUUCUAUUGACAAUUUGGGUAGUGGAUUACAAAUGAACUUGAUCAAAAUGAAGAAAGCUGCAUCUCAUGCUUCGAGAUUUUUCCUUGAUUGUCUAUGUUAUCUACCUUCAGAAUUUCGUAGUUGUGCAGCUGACAUAUUACUUCAUGGGAUGCGUCCAGUGAUUAAAGAUUGCCCUUCAGCUAUUUUGAGUGAAUGCAAUGAACUGAGACAGCGUGUUAUGCUACAUGAAAUGGGCUUUUCACUUGGCAUUGUGGAGUGGAUACAGGAUUACCACUUAUUUUGUUCCAUUGAUAUGAAUGACAUGUUUCUUUCCUAUGAGGGAUCAGGGAUGAAAACUGGUACAUCUGAGAUAAAAACAAGGUCAAACUAUAUGCAAAAUGCAAUAGAUAGGCUUUCCUAUGCUGAGAAAGAAAUAAUGGCAUCUGAUAGGACAGACAAGCAACCCAAAGUUUGUGACAUGAUUAGUGAUGAAGAAAUUUCUGCUGAGAGAUUGGGCAUCAAGAACAGAGAACAACCAUCUGAAGUUGAUGAACUGGCAGAUGCAUCCUUGGUUAUUGAGUCAAUCAGGCGAGAUGAGUUUGGUCUGGAUCCAAAUCUUUCAGAUGUGGAGAGUAGCAUGUUGAAAAAGCAACAUGCUCGCUUGGGGAGAGCACUCCAUUGUCUUUCUCAGGAGUUAUACUCUCAGGACUCGCAUUUUCUUCUAGAGCUUGUUCAGAAUGCUGAUGAUAAUGUCUAUUCUGACAAUGUGGAACCAACUCUAACUUUUCUUCUUCAAGAGUCGGGUAUAAUUGUUUUAAAUAAUGAACAAGGCUUUUCUGCUCAGAAUAUCAGAGCACUUUGUGAUGUUGGAAGCUCGACAAAAAAAGGAUAUUCUGGUUACAUAGGGAAGAAGGGCAUUGGCUUCAAAUCUGUGUUUCGGGUUACAGAUGCUCCUGAGAUUCAUUCGAAUGGGUUUCAUGUCAAGUUUGAUAUAAGUGAUGGUCAGAUAGGUUUUGUUUUGCCAACUCUACUACCUCCUUGUAAUGUCGACUCUUUUAAAAUGUUGUUGAGUGGAGAUACUAAUCAGCUGGAUAAUAAGUGUUGGAACACUUGCAUUAUACUUCCUUUCCGAUCAGUUACAUCUAAAGGAAAUGAUAUGAACAAUAUUGUCUCCAUGUUUGCAGAUCUUCAUCCUUCCCUACUACUCUUUCUCCACAGGCUUCAGUGCAUCGUGUUACGGAACAUGCUCAAUAAUUCAUUUGUUGUUAUGAGAAAAGAAAUUGUGGGAAAUGGUAUUGUAAAGGUUUCAUGUGGGACAGAUAACAUGACAUGGUUUGUAGCAUCCCAGAAAUUGCAGGCAGAUAUUAUUCAUCGUGAUGUGCAAAUAACAGAAAUUUCUAUAGCAUUUACACUGCAGGAGUCUGAUAGUGGCUGUUACAUACCAUUUCUGGACCAACAACCUGUUUUUGCUUUUCUUCCUUUGAGGACAUAUGGUCUGAAAUUUAUUCUUCAAGGUGAUUUUGUUCUUCCUUCAUCUAGAGAGGAAGUUGAUGUAGAUAGCCCCUGGAACCAGUGGUUAUUGUCAGAGUAUCCCAGUUUGUUUGUUUCUGCAGAGAGAUCAUUUUGUUCUCUCCCUUGUUUCCAGGAAAAUCCUGGAAAAGCUGUUACAGUUUACAUGAGCUUUGUUCCACUUGUUGGGGAAGUGCAUGGAUUUUUUUCUAGCCUUCCUCGAAUGAUCAUUUCUAAGUUAAGAAUGUCAAACUGCUUAAUUUUGGAAGGAGACAAAAAUCAGUGGGUACCACCCUGCAAAGUUCUAAGAGGCUGGACUGAAUCAGCUUGUCAGCUUUUUCCUGAUCCCUUGCUCCGUGAGCACCUUGGACUUGGUUAUUUGGACAAGGAUAUAAUUUUCUCUGAUGCAUUGGCAAGGGCAUUAGGUAUACAGGACUAUGGUCCCAAAGUUCUAGUCCAAAUUAUAUCCUCUUUGUGUCAAAGAGAAAAUGGCCUUAAACCGAUGGGCCUAGCUUGGAUAUCGUCUUGGUUGAAUGAGUUUUAUACAAUCUCAUUCCAUUCUUCUGGACAGGCCUCAAUGAAUUGUGAAAUAGAAACAGUUCUCAUAGAUAAUCUUAGAAAAAUUCCAUUUAUUCCUCUUUCUGAUGGUACCUUCAGCUCUGUUUGCAAAGGUACAAUUUGGUUAUAUUCUGAUGCCAUUAACAUUGGGUUUGAAGGGGAGCUUGGACUUGAAGCUUUUCCUACAUUAUAUGCUAAACUUCGGUUUGUCAGUCCUGCCCUUUUUUCUGCAUCUGCUGUCAGUAUCUCACACGUAGAUACAACUCUAGUCGGAAACAUUACUAGUGUGCUUCAUAAUAUUGGUGUUCAACAGCUCUCUGCGCAUGAAAUCAUAAGGGUACAUAUUUUGCCAGAUCUAUCUGAUGAAAAAAUCAAAAUUAGAGACAAGAAUUUGAUGAUAGAUUACCUCUGCUUUGUGAUGAUUCACUUACAAUCUAGCUGUCCAAGUUGUCGUGUUGAGAGGGAUUACAUUAUCUCAGAGUUGCGAAAUAAAGCUUUUAUAUUAACAAAUUAUGGCUUUAAAAGACCAUUUGAAGUAGCAGUUCAUUUUAGCAAAGAAUUCGAUAGCCCUGUCAAUAUAAAUAGAUUGAUUAAUGAUAUGGAUCUGAAAUGGCAUGAGGUUGAUAUCACAUAUUUGAAGCAUCCUGCUUCCAGAUUGCUCUCAUCUGGACUUAAGAAGUGGAGGGAAUUUUUCCUGGAAAUUGGUGUCACAGAUUUUGUGCAAGUGGUACAACUUGAUAAAAGCUUUGCUGAUAUAUCUCAUACUGUUCUUCAGAAUUUGUCAGAUUGGGACUUAAUUUCUCCUGGAUCAGUUUUUAAGGAUUGGGAAUCUUAUGAGUUAGUUCAGUUGUUAUCCAUAUUGUCCACAAGUGGCAAUCAUGAAGGCUGUAAGUACUUGUUGGAGGUUCUUGAUGAACUUUGGGAUGAUUGUUUUAGUGAAAAAGCUUCCGGUUGCUGCAAUUCUAAAUGUGGUGGUGGUGUUAGACCCUUCAGAUCCUCAUUUUUGUGCAAGAUCUGUGAUAUCCAGUGGGUGGUUUCUAGCAUGGAUGAUAAGCUUUACUAUCCAGAAGAGUUGUUCCAUGACUGUGAUCCAGUGCGUUCAAUCCUAGGUGCAUUUGCUCCAUAUGCUGUUCCAAAGGUGAGAAGUGGAAAGUUAGUAAAGGAUAUUGGUUUUAAAACUGAAGUUACCCUUGAUGAUGUUCUCAAGGUUCUAAAAUUAUGGAGAUCUGAGAGCUCUUUCAAGGCCAGCAUAGCACAAAUGUCCAGACUAUACACAUUUAUUUGGAAUGAAGUGCAUAAUUCAAGUCAGAAAAUUUCUGUGGAAUUCCAUUCAGCAUCCUCUAUAUUUGUUCCAUACAAGUUAGCUUCGAAGCCUGACGAUUUGGUAUCUGGCAUAUUCUUGUCUUCUAAAGAAGUGAAUUGGCAUGAUUCAACUGGAACCAUGGACCAAAUGUAUAAUCAUUCUCAGUCUGGUGUAUUUGUUGAGAACCAGCGCCCCUUAAAGAGAACAUUGUCCAAUGUUUAUCCAGGUCUCCAUGACUUUUUUGUUAAUGAAUGCCAAGUGCCUGAGAAACCUUCUUUCUGUGGUUACCUGGAUAUUUUGCUACAGUUAUCAGCACUUACUUUACCUUCACAAGCUGCUAAUGCUGUUUUCCAAGUCUUUCUGAAGUGGGCUGAUGAACUGAAGUCUGGAUUACUGAGUACUGAAGAUAUCAGUCGCAUGAAAGAAUGUCUUAAUAAAUCAGAGUAUACUUUGCUGCCUACUGUACUAGAUAAGUGGGUUUCCUUGCACCCUUCUUUUGGUUUAGUGUGCUGGUGUGAUGAUGAGAAAUUAAGGAAGAGGUUUAAGCACCUGGAUAAUAUUGAUUUUCUGUACUUUGGCACUCUCAAUGAUAAUGAGAAAGAGUUACUUCAGACUAAAGUGUCUGUUCUAAUGCGUACCUUUGGGAUUCCUGUUCUUUCUGAGGUUGUUACUCGUGAAGCAAUUUGUGAUGGGCGAGCAGAUUGUAGAUUCAAAGCUUCCCUCAUGAACUGGGCUCUUCCUUUUGCACAACGCUACUUAUAUAGUGUUCAUCCCGAUAGUUAUUUUCAACACAAGCAAUCUGGAUUUGAGAAUAUAAAUCAUUUACAAAUUGUUGUCGUUGAUAAGCUGUACUACAGGAAUGUUAUAAAGAGCUGUGGCAUUGUUUCCAAUAAGCAGUUUGAAUGCAGCUGUCUUCUACAGGAUAAUAUUUUGUACGCCACUCCUGAAUCAGAUUCUCAUGCCUUAUAUAUGGAGUUUUCUCGUUUGUUUUUUGAUGGAACUCCUGAUUUGCACUUGGCAAAUUUCCUUCACAUGGUCACAACUAUGGCAAAAUCUGGUUCUAAUGAAGAACAGACAGAGUUUUUUAUCUUGAACAGCCAAAAGGUGCCAAAACUUCCUGAUGAAGAACCUGUUUGGUCCCUUUCUUCUGCACCUUACGAGUUGGAGAAUAAUGAAUCUCUUGGGACCAAUUCUGCCACAACAGCAGAAAAUGAGCAAUCCACUUCAAAAUCCAAGAAAAAAACAGGGAUCUACUCAAACUGGCCACCUGUGGAUUGGAAAACGGCACCUGGUCUCAGUAAGAGACAUGCACCUAUCUCACAACCUAAUGAUGGCUCAGAAAAGCACACGGAUAAUGGUUCUGAGCACAUUGAUUCACAUACCUGCAGUGAUGUUCCAGUUGAGAUGGACACCAAUAUGUCCAUGGGAGAAAAUAUUGCAACAACCUCAACAGUUCUAAUUUUGCCUGACUCUGGAAGUAUGGAUCGCCAUCAUGGCAACACUUGCAAUCCAGCUGAGUCCGUUGUGAGAAUCGCAUUUGAUCCCGUUGAUUUAAGUCUAGUGUCGGAUAACCGUCAGCUGGUUUCAUUUGAAUUUAGAGAGAGAAAUCAGCUUAAUACCGGAUUUGUUUCAUCUGAAUUUAGCCGGAGAGAUCAGCUUCAUACUGGCACACCCAGUGCAGCACAAGCUUUGCUAACUGGGAAACUGGGUGAGCUCGCUGCUUUCAAAUACUUUACUGGCACCUUGGGUAAGACAGUCACGUGGGUCAAUAAGGAUAAUGAAACUGGGUUACCCUAUGAUUUAGUGGUAAAUGAUGAAGGUCAUAUUGAAUACAUUGAAGUUAAAGCCACCAAAUCUGCAAGGAAAGACUGGUUCAAUAUAUCAACAAGAGAGUGGCAAUUUGCUGCUGAAAAAGGUGAGUCUUUCAGCAUUGCUCAUGUCCUUUUAUUAAGUGAUAAGGAGGCCAAGGUCUCGGUAUACACAAAUCCUAUUAAACUUUGCCAGCAUGGCAAGCUGCAAUUGGUCAUUUUGAUGCCAAGGCAGCAGAAGGAUUCAGUAAUCGUGUCCUAACUGGUGCCAUGUUUUAUAUGUGAUUUUCUGGAUUAAAUUAACAAAUUGAUCUUUGGAAUUACCUGCUGGAAUGUCCCUUGGCUACUUUUGAUGCGAAAGAAUCUGUUGCUUGAAUGCUGGAAUCACCAAAGUUAUGUCUCAUAUUUGGGCCCGAGCAGACUGCAUGCAAGCUCAAGGCCCCUGCUAUGAAAUAAUCUGACACAGCUGAGUUGUAUGCUAAUACAUUUUAAGGUACAUUUUUUCUGGUGUCUGGUAUGAUUUUUCAAGAGAACAUGGUAUCCCCUGGAAGACUAAAUCCACAUUUCUGAGAAGCUCCUGAAUGGGAUUUAAUGACAACGUUGCCAGAAUUCAAGAUGAUAAUUUAAGGCAUUAAUGUACUUCAAAAUGUUGUACCAUAGGACAUAGAAUGUAUACAUUAUCCACAUUCAAGAAUUUAUAGUUUCCUGUAAGAUGUAUAUAGUCGUAUUCGUUGUUGAAUGCUUUGACAUAAAGAAACAUGAUUAAUUUUUACAUUAAAAAGCUUUUUAUUGAGAUUUUAGUUAAACUAUUUGUGCUCCUGAAUCUGCUGUCUUCCAUGAUUUUGAAGCCAACAAAAGAUGAAGAUUUUGGGUG